AGCACCGUAGGCCGUUUUAAACCGACAGAAGCGGUCGAAGAACGAGAAUGGUCGCUUUUUAAAUGGAUCUUGAACAUUCAAAACAUCUUCAGACCACACUGAAGCUAGAUGAAAAACAGAAACGAACCGUACGAGCCCUUAGGCGGCAAAUUUCUUCCCAUUCCACGAGAAACGCAACAGUGGAUGGUGACCACUUCGCGAAGUUAAGCGAGGAGGAGAUUAUUCUCCUUCGCAAGAUUAUUGAAACAUUUACAAGUAAUCAGAGGGAUACGGAACCUACAGGGGAUGAAGUCGACGGAAAGGGUAGAAAAGUGGAUAGAAACUGGUCGAUUGAAAGCUAUCUUUCCGGAUCCUCUAAUCAGGGAAGCGGAACUUUCGUGAAUCCUGGUCGCUUUUAUGUUCGCGUCUCAAAAGAAAAUGUAAAAGCUGUGGAGCAAGUAUGUAUCGAAAUAGACGACGAGGAAUCCAAAAAUAAGUCUACCACAAACAGUUUUGGGAAUUUAAGCGGAAGACAGUCAUUCGAAAACGAAAUCGCAAGUAAAUACAAACGCUUCUAUGGAUACUCUGUUGCUGUGACAAAGCAAAGUCACGAGGCAAUUGUAGUCAGAAACUCUUACGUGACAGGUGCGUUACCAGACAGUGUCACGAAUGGAACGAAGUUUAGUGUCACCAAUGGACGCUCUCGUAACAAAGCUAGCGGACUCAGAUAUUUACCACCACGAGAACGCUUCAAACGAGCGGUACAUUUAGUGAUGGAUAAUUUAAAAAUGCGGCCUCGAAAAAUGGACAAAGACUUCUCAGAGUUAUGGCGGAAGCGUGGUAACGCAACAUGGCUUGGCAUUUUUUUCUCGGUAGUGGGGAUUGGCGCGUUCUUCGCCGACAUUGCAACGGAUCUUAAAGUUGCAGCUGACCAUUUCAGAGCCGGCAGCAACUGGUGGGGAAGUCUCACAGUGACGUUUGUGCUACUUCCAUCUAUUAUCAUAAACUUGGUAUCUUUCUUUUGGUACAAAGAAGAUGAAAAGAUUGGAAGGCGACCGAAAAGUGGCUGGAAAGUUGUCGUAGCAACACAUUUAUUUUUAGUGGGGCCUAUAGAGAGGUACUGGAGAAUCCUUGUCAAAUCGUAUCGAAUAAAACGAAAAAAGGAACAACGAGUUGUUGAUCACAAGAUAUUAAUAGCUAUGAAUCUUGACAUUAGCAUGCUGCAAAUGAUUUUAGCUUUCACAGAAGAUGUACCUCAGCUUGUUUUACAGCUGUACGUCCUCGUCUCGCGUCAAAUCCUUGCAGAGUUUGAAGCAACAAGUGUCCAAGACUUGUGGACCAUCCUUUCCAUUUGUUUUUCUUUCGUUUCCUAUUCUAGAGCAGUUGUUAACUACAUCAACUGCCUCCGUGACUCAAAACGCCACAAAGGCCAGUUGCGCUGGUACGGUUACCUAUCCAUGUGGCUAUGGAGAGCUUUCAUGAUUAUUUCUCGAAUACUUUCGCUCGUUUUCUUCGCAACAGAGUUCAAAGUAUGGUUUUUCGUUGCCCUUUCUAUUCACUUUGUCAUUGUUUUGGCGUUCCUUUGGCGUCACGAGCUUUAUUUUUUUCCAAGAUCCAACCUGAAGCAACAUUUUUUCCGUGUAGUCGUGUGUUACAUUCAUUUGUUUUGCUUCUUUUGCCUGGAAGGCGUACGCACCAUACGUUGGGCAAUUAAGUACUACAUCUUGACUUUUGUCGAAAAUCUGAUCUUUUCAAUUCUCUGGUAUACAAAUAGAAGUGGGCAUUUACCGUUUCAAGUAGAGCUUGCAGGGUUCAUUGUGAUUUUCGUGUUUUUCUUUGCGGGACUUCUCAUGAUGACAUUGUACUACAAGUUUUUGCAUCCACGAUUCCAUCAGCCUCGAUUCUCCUUGGCUGCUCCGAAGGAGUCGGAGCUUGCAGACAUAUAUCCCAAACAAGGACCGGUCAAGAACCAAGAACAACGCUUUGAACUAUGGAUUUAAGGAACUAAACGAACUUAAUAUUUAAUAAGAUUUGGACAACUACUUCCUCUUAAAUUAGUGUAACGGGAAGAGAAGUGGUUGCUGAGCUGUAACGGUAUUUGUCUCCUGGUAGAAAAAGCCAGACUUCGAAAACGUCCGGGAUAAUUGGUUAUGUGCUCCUGAGCAAAGCUCUUAAGUCUCUCUCCACCCAAGACUGGUAGAAAGUCGGUGAGACUCCUCACUGAAUUCUGAGGGGAUAACGCUGCAAAGAAGUACUAGUAUUUCAUGUUGGGGGGGAACGAGCAAAGGCACUUUAUGCUUUAGAGUCAGGAUG